AUGACUACUGAAGUUGCUGAAGACAAAAAGACGACCACACGUAAGAGAAAAACAGAAGAGACUGUUGAGCGUAAAACAAAUCCUAGACGUGCCGCGAAAACUAAGGCAGAAGAGGCUAAAGCUGCUGCUACGAGCUCAGUGAGUGGUCCGUCGACUACCAAGAAAUCUACCAAAAAAACUAAGACUGAGAAAGGCGACGGGCCAAGUCUUCCCCCUGCUAAAGCGUUUUUAGCUAACGCUCAAGAACUUAAAGUGGAAAUCACUCAACUUAUCGGAAAAGAAGGAAAUCAAAGCACCGACAAUAAAGUUAAAGAAGGUGAAGAGGAAAAGGAACCCGCAAACGCUGAAGCCCCAAAGAAUGGAGAUAGUUCACCUAAAGAACCUUUGUACACUUUGACAGCCAAGCCUCAAAAGCAUAGCACUGGUAACUAUGGUUGGACAGCAACUGUCCCCAAAGGAAAGAUCAAAGUCGACAUUGACGGUAAUGAAGUAGAAUUGCCGGUCACAAUCAAUUUUAAUGUGACUGUUCAAGGAUCAAAGAAAUAA